CCUAUGUGGGCCCACUAAAUAUUUCACCAAAACGAAAGUCUCCAACUUUUGCACACAAGGCCCUGACCCUCACUUAUCCUCUUCUGCAGAUCAAAGAAACAAUAGUGAGAAUGGGUGAUGAACCAGUGAAUGUGAAGGAAUAUCAAGAACUGGCAAAACAGGCCCUUCCAAAAAUGUAUUAUGACUUCUUUGCUGGCGGAUCCGAGGAUCAACACACACUCAAAGAAAAUGUUGAAGCAUUUCAACGAAUUACUCUUCGGCCGAGAAUUCUUGUGGAUGUGAGCAAAAUAGACAUGUCAACAACCAUAUUGGGUUACAAAACUUCAGCACCAAUUAUGAUUGCUCCAACUUCUUUGCACCAGUUGGCACAUCCUCAAGGAGAGAUCUUGACCGCCAAAGCAGCGGCUGCAUGUAAUGUCAUAAUGGGGUUGUCUUUCUCGUCUACAUGCACAAUUGAGGAAGUUGCUUCCAGUUGCAAUGCUGUUCGAUUCUUUCAGUUAUAUAUGUACAAGAGGCGGGAAAUAUCGGCUUUGAUGGUGAAGAGAGCUGAAAUAAAUGGAUUCAAAGCUAUUCUUCUUACUGUUGAUAGUCCUAAACUCGGUCGUAGGGAGGCUGAUAUAAAAAACAAAAUGAUUGCACCCCAGCUGAAGAAUUUUGAAGGUCUUGUGUCAACUGAAGUUCAUGAUAGUGAGGGUUCAAAUCUUGAAGCUUAUGCAUCUAGGACCUUGGAUCCUUCUUUUUCUUGGAAGGACAUUGCAUGGUUAAAGUCCAUUACAAACUUGCCAAUUUUGAUAAAGGGUGUACUCACUCGCGAGGAUGUCAUUAAGGCUAUGGAAAUAGGAGUUGAAGGAGUUAUAGUGUCUAAUCAUGGAGCUCGCCAGCUAGAUUAUGUUCCGGCCACCAUUGAUGCUCUAGAAGAAGUGGUACUUGCAGUUCAAGGAAGAAUACCGGUUCUCUUUGAUGGAGGAAUACGACGAGGAACAGAUGUGUUUAAAGCUUUAGCUCUUGGUGCACAAGCUGUUAUGGUUGGGCGACCGAUUGUGUUUGGAUUGGCGGCAAAGGGUGAGUAUGGAGUUAAAAGAGUGAUUGAAAUGUUGAAGGAUGAACUUGAGCUCACAAUGGCUCUUUCUGGCUGCCCCACUCUUAAUGAUAUUACCAGAAAUCAUGUCAGAACGCAGAUCGAUGAUGAUCGCCAUUGUAGAUUGUAGUUUAAAACAAUCUUAUCGAGAAUCAUUUGAUAAGGAUAUACUUGAUGAAUAAGUUGUUACAGAUCCAAUGCUAUAUAUUGAUCUUAAAUUUUCAUAACACAAGAGUGGUAGUCGGGGAGCAUUCGGGGUGUGUUGCUAUUAGAAUUGUAAUGCUUCUUCAUCUAUGUUGUUGAUUAACUUA